UAUAGUGUUUUGGGGACACCCCAAGAGCAGUUUGUUUGCAUGAGGCAUGAUGAUCUACUGGAUUAUUAUCCUUUGCCAGCCUACACAAUGUGUGACAUUACAAUGAUCUGUCUCCAUCACUCCUUUGCAGAGACAUGGCUGCAGCACAGGAGGAGCUCAGGAGGGCUGUCUUGGCAGUCCUUCCGGACCUCCCCGCAGACACACUAACUACCUUGAUGGCAGGUCUGGAGGAACUUGGUGUGGAGAACAAGGAGGACAUGAGCCUUCUAAGUGAAGAGAAUCUUCUGCCCUUUCUCCGUGUGGUCCAGUCUAGAAAGCUCCUCCGUGCCUUUUCAUCUCAAGGUCCCUUCUCAGCCCUGUCUCCUGGCUCUCCACAACUCUCCUCAACCCUGUCCCCCGUGGGAAGUCCACAACUCUCCUCCCCUGAGACACCCCGAAUGUCCAACCCAAUAGCUCUGCCCUCUCCACGCACACCAUGGCCUGUACAUUUUAAGGUUAACUGGGAGAAGAUGACGUCAGAGAUCCAGUCAGCCAUCGCAAAUUCUACUAGACCAAAUCCUGCUGCCAGAAGAGCGAUGGUCAGAGAGCUUGUUGAUCAAAUGAGGGUGCACAAUGCGAAUCCAAAUAGAGGGAUCUGUUUGAAAGUUGUAAACGAUAUAAUACAGAAGUACCCCACAUGUUUUGGGGAUGUGGAUGAUGAUGAAAAUACAGCUGGAGCAUCGCUCGUCCAGCAAGUAAAAACCAGAAUCGAGCACGUCAACCGAAACAACACAUUGGCACGGUUAAGGAAGAAUAAGCACAGCAAUCCCCAGGCGAGGACAAAUGGAAGAGGUCCUGUUGAUCAAUAUGGAUGUGUCCGAUGGGCACCUCAAGAACUCCCCUCAGGGGAGACUGAAGAAACCCUACAAGAGAUGAAGACUCAGAUGCAGCAGCUAUAUGCCCAGGCAGGAAUGUCAGGCGUGGAGAGAGGAGCGCUUCAGAGAUGGCUUCAGAGAACCUACAUUCUCCAGCGUUGUGAUCUCAAUGCUGACCCUCCACACAGCAUCUCAAAAAUGAAGGACGACUGGCCCUUUCUCUUCUCCUUGAAGGGCCUGUUCUCGCAUUUCACUGAGCUGACCGGAAUUCCUAUCCAGGAGAAGCUGCCAGCUGCCAUAGACAACAGGAGUCAGAACAUCAUGGAGUACUUCCAACAGCAGAAGACACCAGGAGUGGGGAAGGUUCUGGAAGCCUACAAUGAAGAGAGUGGCAACAAAGCUAUCUGCACCAUCAUGUGCCUGCUUGCUCACUUCAAGGAGGGGGAUGGUAUCUUCCUUACGGCUGAUCCCUCUGCUACGGCUGCUGAUAUCGAGAGAGCUGUCACCCUGCCAAGCACACCUCGAUUAGUUGUACCAGGAGAAAUACUGCGCGGCGCAGACACGUGGAUUAUGUCCAUGGAAGGAGCAUGUGUGAUGGGGCCUCACAGCAACCUCCUGCAUGGAUUGGCAGCAGUCUUCGCUGCCUACUAUGUCUUCAACUUGCAAUAUCCGGCAGAAGCUGCAAGCACACUUGAAUUCAUCCAGAGAGCCUUUUGCGGCAUAAAUCCCCAGACGGGCAGCAAGGCAGAGAAAAAACGAGGGCUGAACGCACCAGUUUGCACACUUUUGAGAAAACUGCUGGAUUUUGAAUUGGUGGGUAGGGGACAUUAGUGAGCAGGGGACAUGUCUAUAAGCAAACUUGAUCACAAUAUUGGAUUAAUGUGUUAGAUUACUCAUGUUUAGAUUUCUGAAAUAUGUUUGACAACUCAUGUUCAACCAGUUUGGUACAGUAAUAGCAGAUGGAAAGCUUCUAUUUUUGUAUUGCAAUGUUAUAACAUUUUUUACACAAAACCAGGCUUGUUUCAGCCAUGUGUUACUAAAAUAAUCUUACAGGGACAGUGAA